CCCAACUUCUGCUUCGGAGCCGCGAUGGCCCCGCGGGCGCUGCCGCUCGCCCUGGGGCUGCUGGCCACGGUCCUGCUCUCCUGCGGCGGCUCCGGGCUGGACGUGGAGACCCCGCUGGUUUUCCAGGGCGACCCCGCCGGCGCUUUCGGCACCAGCGUGGCCCAGUUCGGCACCAGUGACGACGGCUGGGUCCUGGUGGGAGCCCCCCUGGAGCGCGGCGGUGCCAACGAGACCGGGGCCAUUUAUCGCUGCCGCUUCCAGUCGGGAAGGUGCCAGAAGGUUCCGGUCACCGGACCUCCCGGAGCGGUCAACUCGUCCCUGGGGCUGGCGCUGGCGGCCGGAGACGGCGGGGUGCUGGCCUGCGGCCCCACCUCUCCCCAGGCCUGCGGGGUCAACGUCCACCUCAACGGCUUCUGCGUCCACCUGGACUCGGCCCUGCAGCCGCUCCGGCGCUUCCCGGACGCCUUCCCAGAGUGUCCCAAGAGCUCCAUGGACAUCGCGUUCCUCAUCGACGGCUCGGGCAGCAUCGCCCCCCACGAGUUCAACACCAUGAAGACGUUCAUCGUGGAGGUCAUGAAGCGCUUCCAGGGCGCCGACGUCCAGUUCUCCCUCACCCAGUUCUCCCACCUCCUGCACGACCACUUCGACUUCCGCACCUUCCGGCGCCUUCCGAACCCGGCGCUGCUGCUGAGGAGCGUCGGGCAGCUCCGCGGCUCCACCUACACGGCCACGGCCAUCCGGCACGUCCUGCGGCAGAUGUUCGUCCCCGGCCGCGGCGCGCGGGCCGGCGCCCGGCGGAUCCUGAUCGUGGUCACGGACGGGGAGAAGUUCGGGGACCAGCUGAGCUACUCGGACGUCAUCCCGCUGGCCGAGAGCAUGGCAGUCACUCGCUACGCCAUCGGGGUGGGCAGCGCCUUCCAGACGCCGGACGCCCAGGCCGAGCUCCUCGAGAUCGCCUCCAGCCCCGGCCGCGACCACGUCUUCCGCGUGGACAACUUCGACGCGCUGGGGGACAUCCAGAACCAGCUGCAGGAGAAGAUCUUCGCCAUCGAGGGCACCCAGAGCGCCCACAGCAGCUCCUUCCAGCUGGAGAUGGCCCAGGAGGGCUUCAGCGCCCUGGUGACGCCCGUAGGUGUCCCCUGCUGGCCUUGGGGGGCCCGGGGGGGGGUCCCCGGAAGGGUCCUGAUGUCCUCAGGAGGGUCCUGA